UAGCCAAUGCGAGAAGGGAGGGGCGGGCCGCCGGAGAUCCGUGAUGCGGGGGUUCCUGGCGGCCAUCUUGGAUCUGCAGGCUGUUGUUUGGAAGAGAAAAAAAUUAAAAUUAAAAUAAUUAAUUAAAGCAGAAUACAGGAAAAUAGAGGAGAAAACGCUAUAAACUCGGCUGCGUUCAGUGUGUCUGAAGGUAUGAAGAAAUUCUCCUAGUGCGAGCGUCAUGGCCGAUAAGAGGAAACUGCAAGGUGAAAUAGAUCGGUGUCUGAAGAAGGUUACAGAAGGUGUCGAACAAUUUGAAGAUAUUUGGCAGAAGCUCCACAACGCGGCGAAUGCGAAUCAGAAAGAAAAGUAUGAGGCCGAUCUCAAAAAGGAAAUUAAAAAAUUACAGAGAUUACGGGACCAAAUUAAGACGUGGGUGGCUUCCAAUGAGAUAAAAGACAAAAGGCAGCUAGUGGAGAAUCGAAAAUUAAUAGAAACGCAAAUGGAGCGUUUCAAGGUAGUGGAGCGAGAGACCAAGACCAAGGCCUACUCGAAGGAGGGGCUGGGCUUGGCUCUGAAGGUGGAUCCGGCACAGAAAGAGAAGGAAGAAGUGGGGCAGUGGCUCACUAACACGAUAGACACUCUCAACAUGCAGGUGGACCAGUUUGAGAGCGAGGUGGAGUCCCUGUCUGUGCAGACGAGGAAAAAGAAAGGAGACAAAGAUGAGCGCAUUGAGGAGCUGAAGGGCUUCAUCGAGAAGCACCGGCACCACAUCUGCAUGCUGGAGACGAUCCUGCGCAUGCUGGACAAUGACUCCAUCCAGGUGGACUCCAUCCGCAAGAUCAAGGACGACGUGGAGUACUACGUGGACUCCUCGCAGGACCCCGACUUCGAGGAGAACGAGUUCCUGUACGACGACAUCGACCUGGAAGACAUUCCUCUGCCCCUGGUGGCUACCUCUCCUCCUGGCGUCUCGCACAUGGAGGAUGAAAUAUUCAACCAGUCGAGCAGCACGCCCACUUCGACAACUUCCAGCUCUCCCAUUCCUCCCAGUCCAGCCAACUGCACCACGGAGAACUCUGAAGAUGAUAAAAAGCGAGGCCGUUCGACGGACAGUGAAAUCAGUCAGUCCCCAGUAAAGAACGGCAGCACCAGCAGCAGUAUCAGUAUCCCCAGCUGUGGCUCCAGCUCUGGCGCCGUCAUCACAGUAGGGGGCGGAGGAAGCGGCAGCAACAGCAGCAGCGCCCUGUUUCCUGUAGGGGGAUCCGGGAGCAGCACCAGCAGCACCCUGCUGGGAAACAUCAUCACCUCGAGCUCCCUGUCCCACACUUUCAACACCCAGUCCCCCCACCAGAACCCCAAAACAUCAAGCACUGCCACGGCCGCCUCCUCCCUCUCCCUCAACAGCCCCUCGUCCCUCAUGCUGCUCUCAAACUCGGCAGCAGGGGGCGCCAACACCAACAGCAUUUCAACCGCGAUGGCCAACCUGGGUGUCGUCGGCAGCAGUAUCAUUGGCUCUCACAGCAGCCUCAUGUCCUCCAACAUGCAGCCGGGCAUAAUUGGAAAUAACGGGGGCAACGGCGGCUCGGGUCUGGGUCUGGGGUUGGGUUUAGGGCUGGGGAAGUCUGUCUCAGGCUCCAGUUUGGCUCAGCUGGCUGGCCUGGGUCUGGGUAAUAUAACAGGGAUGGGUGGAUUGAGCUCCAUGGGUCUGGGGGGCCUAGGCAACCCCCCCACCCCCUACGCCCAGGCUGCAGCUUCAGGGAACGUUGGCUUGAUUGGCGGGAACUCUAAUUCUAACAGUAAUACCAUGAUGGGGGUGUCCUCGGGGGGGCACGGGCCGAUCGGCAGCGCCCCUGGAGGCGGGGGCGGGAGCGGGGGCAGCAGUAACGGAGGAUCUGGGAGCAGCAGCAGCAGCAGCAGCAGUAGCUCGGCCCAGGGGGGAGCUGUUGGGGAGAGGGAGAGGAGCGCCAGCAGCAGCAGCAACAGCACAGGCAGCUCCAGCGGGAUUCCCGGGAGGCCACCUAGUGGACAGAAACAGAAUGGCGCCACAAGUUACAGUGCAGUGGUGGCUGACAGCACUCAGGACUCUGCCCUCAAUAGCACAAGCCAAUCACAGAGCAGCCAGCCUGGCUCGCACAACACACCAGCCAAUGCAGCGAAGGAGAGUGUCGGUGGCUCCCAGUUACCCAGUGUGACUGGUUCCAGUUCAAACUCCAGUUUACUGGUCCAGAUGCCCAUCAACCCUCCCAGCUCGCCCAGUCCCAGUUUCAGCGAGACCAAACCGAGCCAGAACCUGCUGAACGGACCUCUCAACUACACGCAGCCGGAGAUCAAGCCUCCAGAGCCCCUGAGCUCCUUGAAAUCGAUGGCUGAACGAGCAGCACUGGGGUCAGGACUGGAAGAGCAGAUCCCGUCACUGCGCCUCACAGACAGAGACUUGUUCUCCAGCUCCACAGCGCCCCCCGGAGGCCCGGCUGUGCCCCCGCAGACCCAGCUCUCGGAGGUGAACAUCCCUCCCUCGCUGGGAGUGUGUCCGCUGGGGCCGGUGCCCCUGUCCAAAGAGCAGCUGUACCAGCAGGCCAUGCAGGAGUCUGCCUGGACACACAUGCCUCACCCCUCGGACUCGGAGAGGAUACGGCAGUACUUGAUGAGGAACCCCUGCCCGACCCCACCCUACCAUCACCAAGUGCCUCCUCCGCACUCCGACUCUGUGGAGUUCUACCAGCGCCUGUCCACAGAGACGCUCUUCUUUAUCUUCUACUACCUGGAGGUACAGUACUGUGGUACGAAGGCUCAGUAUCUGGCAGCUAAAGCCCUGAAGAAGCAGUCCUGGAGGUUCCACACCAAGUACAUGAUGUGGUUUCAGAGACACGAAGAACCCAAAACCAUCACGGAUGAGUUUGAGCAGGGGACGUACAUUUACUUCGAUUACGAGAAGUGGGGACAGCGCAAGAAGGAAGGGUUCACCUUCGAAUACCGGUACUUGGAAGACCGGGAUUUACAAUGACUGAGCCGCAGAAAUCCGGGGAAAAACCAGGAGAUGCACCGGAAUAUCGCAAUGGGAAUAUGAGCAAGAGGGUGGGGUGGGGGGGAGAGAGAGAGAGAGAGUGAACAAAGAAAUAACUGCACAGCUACACUGAACUAAACCGAGAACUCCAACUUCAGAGUCCGUUUGAGCAGGGAGACCACACCCGCCUGUCCUGUCUGUCUGCCUGCCUGCCUGUCCGCAGGGGAUUACCAGAAGAUGAACCAGGAGGAUUCGGAGAAGAGAGAGCUCAGUUUUUGCUCCUUGGUUUGUGUCCGGGAGGGAAAAAAAAGAUCAAAAAAAGUCAAAAUAUUACCAUGACGUUUAUGUGGUUGUAUUAUGCCCUUCUGCAGAAAUAGUAAUUUAACACUUGUCUUUUUCUGUAGUUUUCUGCUAAUGCUUCACUACUUGAUGUAGUUCUUUUUGUAUGUUGUUCUUGCUCGGAGUAGAGCCUGAUUUUUAAGCGUGAAUCUUAAACUGCCUUACCUAACAUUAGGUAGUCCAAGAUUGGUGCUAAUCGUACUGCUGUUUUUGACUGCAUAGACAGCAUUGUAUCAUCCACUCGACAAACAUGACAAAACAGAUUCUUGCAAUAUCUCUGCAUUUACCAGAUCAAGGCAAACGCAGAAUGGCUUCUUUUUCAAUUCAGACGCAAUUCCAAUCAUUAUUACACUCCUUUUGUAAACGCCCUUUUUAGCUUGGCAAAAUGUGCUGCUGGUUUAGCUGGGAAUGCAGGAAGUUCAAUGAGAAGCUCCAAGAAGUUUGAAUACAGAUGGAAGUGAAGACCCAAAUGAGUAAUGAAAAUGAUCGAAAGACACAAGCAUUUAAACUCUCUUCUAUCUGAUGCGUCAAAAAAAAAAGGUUUGAUUGCUGUAAUUCAGCCCUACCUGUUAUUUUAUGCACUUCAGUCUAGAUAACAUUUUGUACUACAAUGAAAGAAACGUGUAAUGUAGACAAUAUAAAAAAAACAAGUGAAGCAGCACACAUUUUUUUCAUAAUACCAGCAAACCCUUACAACAAGUUUACCUAAGCAGAGGACUGUUUAAAUAUCCAUCCUACUUUAUCAAUACCCUUAAACGUCAGGUUACAGCAAACCAGCUUGCUUUAUUAUUCCAAUUGGAACAGAGUGAUCAUCCCACUGCGGUGGAGAAUUAUGAAAGAUAGGACCCGACUCAAAUUAAACUCAAGUUAAAAACGCUUAGAGAUGAAAUCCAGUUUCAUAUACACAUUUAUAGAGUAGAGUGUCUUACUGUACGACAGAUCUUGCUCAGUUUGGGCUGUCUGCUCAAACCAUGCCAAUGAUGCCUCUUCUAAUACGAGACCUGCGAGUUCAUAACUGAUGAAUCAGAAAGCUGAGGCGGCCGACUAUUAAACUCUGAUUGUGCUUUCAAACGUUCUAGGUACAUUUCUCUUAAUACUUCAUUAAAGUUUGUAGACUGUUGGUUUCUUUAACCUCAGACUAGAACAGCUUACUGAGUAUUGCAUUAAUUCCUUUUUUUUUUUUUUUUGUAAAAUACUUGGGCAAGUUUUCAGGCAACCUUUUAUUUUGAUUUAUCUGCAAGUAAAGGAACAUGGCUGGUGUGUUAUGGAAGAACGUUUUCUGAAGUGAUCUGUUUAUUCCCCUAAAUCCAGUGUAAAUGCAACACUACAGAAAACUGCUAUACAGACAAGCUGGGUACAAAAUCGCAACUUUUGGGAAAGGGCAUAAACCCAUAAAAUAUCAAUGUGAAUAUUCUGACCUUUUUUUUUUAUUUUUCCCAGUUUUUUUUUUUCCCCUCGACGGACUGUGGAUCAAAAGUGGGUCGUCCCUCCUUGUUUGAGAGCUGCGAUUUUAAAAAGAAAUAUGAAUAGCGAGGAAUUCAGCAAGAGAACGAUGGUCUUUUUGUUUUUUUGACAGUUCUUUUUUUUUUUUUUUUUUUUUUUUUUUAAAAUUCCGUUUUGGAAAGAUAGCCUGAAAAAAAUGAGGGCUAAAGAAAGACCACGUAAAUAAAUAAAUAACUGAAAGUAAAUGGCUGUAUCAUAAUAAAAGAGUUAAUUUUCAAAGACUUA